AUGGAAUAUUUCCUGGUUCCGGAAAUACCCGAGUCCGAACUUCCUCACGAAAGUGGGCCACCAGUCACUUCUGCUUCAUUCCGCUGCAGGAAAUUCACCUCGGAACACAGGCAUGCAUUCAACGACUCCGCCGGAGGACUGAAGAAAAUGGCUUCCUAUCGUCUCGUUGCCAUGGUCACCGAAAAUUACCUGCUGACGUGGCCCCAGACGUCGUAUUCAAGACCCAGCUUGCUAAUGUCCACUUGGACAGCCACCGUCGCCACUGUUCUUCUAAUGAUGACCUUUUUCGCCCAGGUCACGGCCGUCGUCGUUAUGACUGACCCGACCCUGAACGUCCGAGGGCUUGUGUGGAGCAGUGGACUAAGAAGCAUUGAACCAGUGGGCAGAAGAUCGAGUUGAGAAGAGCUCGGAUGUUUUUCAGCACUGCCAUUCUUCAUUGUGUGUCAUUGAUCGUAUCAAGCAUUCCAUCGUUCAAAGCAAAGAUAUCUGCUUAAUAAACAGAGUUGUACAUCCCGA